AGCAGUUUUAGACAGGUUGAGAGAGAGAGAGAGAGAGAGAGAGAGAGAGAGAAGACAGUGUUCAGGCAGGGAAGACUGGAUCCCCUGGGCAGUAAGGAAGGAAUCAGACAGAUAUAUGGAUGCAUAGCUAACUGGAACCCAGCUGACAUUUAAAGGCUGGGUGAAAGCCCAGAGGGAGGGUCACAUCCCAGCACCUCCACUGCUAGGUAGACAGCGCCGCGGACAGCAGCAUGGUCACUGGAGGCAUCUCCCGUAUGCAGCACUCCAUCAGCAUGUGGGGGGGGGCGUCCCAGUGGCCCUCACACAGGAAGACCGCACUUUGAGCUGCUGGUGAGCCGUGUCUGGCCCGGGAACACGCCCCCAAGCGCGCAUCAUGCUGCCGGCACGGUGGCUUUCCCCUCACACGCGGACCUCGCCCCAUUUCCAGCCCCGAGACACAGACGAACACGACGUUCUGCUCCUAGCCUGCAACGCUGAUGAGUGCUGACUGGCUAAUGGAUUGGAAGGAACUGGCAGCCCAAAAAUUGAAUCUCUCUUCCAAGAGGAAGAAGAGCCACCCUCCUUGGCCCCACACCCAGGGGCCUUCCCUCUACCCAACUAAUUUCCGGGGAAUCCUGCAGCACGCACCACCUGCUGUUCCCCCACACCUCCUCAGGUCAUUAGUCAAGGACAAGAAUGGACCAGGUCUAGGAAAGGUGGACUCCUACAAGAAGCAGUUGACUCUUUAUGAGCCAUCCAUGGGGGCACGUGCUAGACAUGGGUACUCAGUGCUGGGUGCCACCAUGUUCAACUUUGAUGCCAUUUUUACUCAGGACAUGUCCCAGGCUGAUCUCUGCUCCGAGACUCUGACAGACAUUAUACAAGCUGUGCUGAAUGGUGCUGAUGGCUGUAUCUUUUGCUUUGGUCAUUCUAACCUAGGCAAAACCUACACCAUGGUUGGGGGAGACAGUUCCACACAGGGCCUGGGAAUAAUGCCAUGCAGCAUCUCCUGGCUGUUCACGCUCAUUGCCAAGCGGCAGGAGAAACUGGGCACGCACUUCUCUGUCCACGUGUCUGCCGUGGAGAUCAGCGGCGAUGAGGAGAUUCUCACAGACCUGCUCUCUCACAUGGUCUGUGAGGGCCAGGCCGACAUCUCCUCUAAGGGGGUCCAUCUUAAGGAAGACCCUGUCUGUGGCUCACAGUUGUUGAACCAGAGCAAGCUGCAGGCCCCCAGUGCUGACCGAGCUGCGCUCUACUUGGAUUCGGCACUGGCGGCACGCAACGGGGACAAACGCCACAACUCUCACCUGCUGUUCACCCUGUACAUCCAGCAGCAACCCCUGGAUCAGGCCGCCACGGCAGGAAUGUCAGGGGGUCAUAGCUGCCUGCACAUCAUCGACCUGGGAAGUGGAGGGAUGUUCCUGAACCAGCGCCAAGAUAGUCAGUGCCUGUCGCUGGCAGCUGUGGGAAAUGUCAUUCUCGCCCUAGUUAGCGGGGCCAAGCAUGUACCGUACAGGGACAGUAAGCUGACGAUGCUGCUGAGGGAAUCACUGGGGAACGUUAACUGCCACACUACCAUGAUUGCCCACGUCUCGGCCCAUGCAGAGCAGUACAGCGAGUCGCUGUCCACGCUACAGCUGGCCUCCCGCCUCUACCAUGUGGGCAGGACACAGCCUAAGUGCUCCUCCUUGACUGGGGAAGGCUCAUAUGAAGAAAGUAUAAUCCUCCACCCUGCCAAAAUGAAAGCCUUUCACCUGCCAAAUGUGACCCUGGAUGCAAAGUUUGCCAGUAUGCCGCUGUAUGACAGGGACCACACCUCCAGCAGACAGCAGCCCUAUGACACUGUGAUCUAUGUGGGGCCUGGGGGAGCUGUCAUCUCAGACCGGGAGCUUUGCGAAAACGAGGCCCCCUCUUCCUUCGUCCCCAUCAUCCCCUCUCUGAACCGGAAGCAGGUCAGAGAGUUGCCACUGGUGGAAGGAGACCGCUUCAAAUGCAGCACGUUUGCAGAGCUGCAGGAGCAUCUUGAUUAUAUGGAUGGAAGGGACAAGCCCACAGGCUGUGGAGGGAACAACGGGUCCCAGGUAGCCCCUGGGACAGAGAGCAGGAUGACUAAACCUGUCGGGGUGGCGGCUCCUUCUCUUAGAGCCAAUAAAGCUUCCUUAUUGAUGAGCAAUUCCCUGCCACCAAGAGACUUUGUAGCAGCCAGAGGCUUCCCCCUCAUGGAACAGCAUGCACGGCCGAUACUAACCUGUGAUAGAGCUGACAGGGGAUUACCUUUUGGUUUUAGACUAGUGAAUACAGACAAGGAUAGGCUACAGGCUUCUGACAGUCAUUCUGUCAUGUUUAAACAUAGGAUAGUGUCACAUGACCCUGAGCCAGUGGUCCGUGAGAAGGUCCACUCUAAUAAAAGGCGCCAGACUCCAUCCAAACAGAAAAGCCCCAUAAAAUCCACAAGGUCUCCCCCAGUAGGCAUGAGUCAUCCAUCUCAGAAGACUGAGCCCAGAGGCUCCCUGAUGGUGAAUGUAGGUCAUCAAGCGAGCCACAGACCUGUGGAGGUAAGGUGCUUUGACAGGGACAUGUUCAAGACAACGGUAACGCUACAGCAGCCAGUUGAGCUGAACGGUGAGGAUGAGCUUGUGUUCACUCUGGUGGAGGAAGUGCCCCUUAGAGGCAUGGUGGAGCAGGGACAUCCCUCUGGCUUCAUGAGUCUUCAUAGUGAUUGUUCCUGGCAGGCCUUAGCCUUCCACUCCCGCCCAGUCAGUAUUAUCACAAGUAUCAACGAUGAAUAUGACAAGUACAUCUCUCAGGUGGUUGCUUGUGGACCUAAGACUAAUGCUGUCCCAAAUUUCCAGGGAAAAUCAGGCAGUAAACAUUCCUCUGGCAGGAUCAAUAAAGACAAUGAACUCAAGUUAAAGAACAAAGAAGCUCACGCCUCAUUUAUCGCCUUGCCCCAACCGCACUAUGUUAUCCCAGAUGAUGCUUUCAACUUAGAUUCACUCUUCCAACAAGAAGUCAAAAUCUCACUGAAUGACAGGGAUUUGUAUUUAAUAGAGCCUAAUAAGCACAGUACUGUCUCCUGCAAGCCUUCCAUAGGCAUGACUAAAUGUCACUAUAUGCAAGUGCCAGAGUCUACCAAAGUGUCUGCCAAAGGACCUCGUGCAACUAAGGCAAACAUUAUUCACUCUACGCAGCACUCAAAUAACCUGCAAUCUGACCUGCCUAGGAAAAUCAAACCUACCUCACUACUUGCCCAAGGCAGCAACAAUAGUAACUAUGGGCUACAGAUGCCUGACAAUGGCUCCUGGCUAUUACUGGACAAUGUGACAGAUUCAAAAAGAGAUUCUGGUAGGAAGUUCUUCCGGAAUAGUAUGAAUGGCAGCUCCUCCAGGAAACAAAGUAUGGGCGGUAGCACAAAUCGAGCACGAAGAGGGCAAGCGACAUCUGCAUCACAAAGGGUGAUUGAUGGCUCUGAGAGGUCACGAAGUAAGAAAAAUAAAGUUGGAGGCAGGAUUCCCAUUCUUCACCCACUGGGCACAGUUCCCAUUAUUUACAAAUCUCAUUCCAAAGAGAAUCAAGACAGCUCGUCGGGAAGUGGAAGUCUGAGGUUUUCAUUCUUUGAGAAGAGUGCAAAUGGACAGAAAAACAAUAUGCCUUCAAAGCCGGGUUACAUCCCUGUUAUUGCUCCAAUAGUUAGCAACUUUGAGCAGCCAACACAGAUCUUAAUGCCUGCUAGUGCCUUAACAUCUGUAAGCAGGGAAGCAGGAAAAUCUUCAGCGUUCAAAGUAUCAGCUUCAGAUAAACAAUCUGACUUAUGGUACAAAGAGCACUCUAGUAGCUAUAAAUCAUCCAACUCACAUAAAACAGCAUGCAAUCGUAAAACACAAGAGCCCACAUCUGAAUCUGAACAAUACCAUACUACUCAGACUGCCUCAAAGAAAUUUAAUAGCCAAGCAUCAAGGGGAUGCAAAGUUGAACUCUGUAAAGAUAAAGAUAAUGGUGGUGCUUUCUGCAGCCACAAUAAACUAAGUCAUUCAAUUCAGAAGACUGAAAUUGCGACCUCAUUGUCAGACCCAACAGAUAUUCCUGACUGUCAAUCUGAUACACUUGGAAGUCCAUGCAAAAUAGGACAAAUGAGAGGCAGCAUCAAUCCCAGGACCAUGGGCGUCAAUGGACGCAAGAUCCAGACAAUGCCUAGCAGUUUCAAGCCCCUGAGCUCUUCUGUCAAAUCCUUAGUGUGUCCAAGUAACCAGAAUGGUAAAGUCCUCAUCAAUGAGACAUCAGUGCCUCCAUCUGGAAUGGCUUUCAGUAGCCUGAAAGAAAGAGCUACUGCAACAGGUACCAAACAGGCCGCUCGGGUGGCUAACAGUCGUGUCAGUGAGCUGGUAUUUGGAAGCCCUAGAAAACAAUUCUGGAGCUCCAGGGAUGGCAAUAGAAGUGUUCCAAACCUUAGCGACAGCAAGUCCAUUAAUUCCAUACCACCGUCCCCUUACAGCAAGAUCACGGCUCCACGGCAAUCGCAGCGAUACGGCAGCAGUCACUGCAGCGACAACAGCAGUGUACUUAGUGGGGAGCUGCCCCCAGCCAUGGGUCGCACCACUCUCUUCUACCACAGCAGGGACAGCGGGGGCAGUGCAGGCAGCAGUGGCUAUGAAAGCAUGAUGCGGGACAGCGAGGCCAUUGGCAGCACCUCCUCUACCCACAGCUCCAUGAGUGAGAGUGGGGAAUCAUCACCAAGCCACACCAAAAGUUCUAAGCUUUCCAAAAAGAGAGCAAAUGGCAGUCAGAGGCGACGGCUAAUUCCAGCUCCCAUGCCCAACAUUUUGUCCCUCGGCAGAAAAUUCACUAGCCAGAGGUCAGAUCACACUUUGCCUCUUAAGACGCCCUUUGAGAUCAAGGUAUACAAGAUCGAUAAUAUGCCGGAGAGGCCGCAGCAGGGGGCGCCAGAUGCUGGCACCACCCCCCUGCUCAGCUACAGGCCAACAGAUAUGCCGCGCCAGGAUGAAAAUGGUAGGGAGGCGCCGGCUGCAGAUUCAGCAGCCAGAAGGCCAACAGCGGAGGUUGAAGGAGGAGCUGGGAGAGGCCAAGCAAAAGUGGAUGAUAAACACAAGAAAGCCAGCAGGAAGAAGUGAGAAACAGGAAAGUGAGAGAAGGAUCAUGUCACUGAUGUGAUUUAUUUCUUUUUUAAUAUGGAUAUGUUUGACUGAUUAAAAAAGAUAAAGAACUAAAGCUGUUUUACAUGUGAAACAGCAGGUUACAGAAAUAACACCAAUCAUGGUCAAAAGAUCUUGAAAAUGAGAAUUUAACCCUGAGCUGUAACACUAUAUAACACUGCAUCAUCCAUACACGGGGGUAAUCACGUUCGUCCUGUUGAGCUCAUUGUGUUCACUUGUGUUACUACAGUGAUGCUUAUUAAUGCUAAUGGAACUUUUAAUGGAUUAACAGUUGGUCAGAAGUGAACAACUUUCUAUAACCAAAGUUCAAAAAUGUAUUCUAUUGUUUUCAAAUUUAUUAAAACUUACAUGAUUUCUUGCUCAUAACUGUAGCUCAGUAAGAAGGGCAUUGUGCUAACAAUGCAAAGGUCUUAUAAGUCACAUUUUUAGAGAGGUAAAUGUAAACUAAAGUUCUUUGGGAUAUAAGAAAUAAAAAAUUAAAUACAAAUGAUGCAAUCUAAUUUAAUUAUUAAAUCCUUUUACAACAUGCUUAAUUUAUGGCAAACAAAUCAUUCAUAGUAACAUAUAUUCUGCUUUAUCUUAUACAUCUUAUACUCAGCAAACUGAGUCCAAAACUGUAAAUUUUUUAUGAUUUGCAGAUUUGAAGCAUUACUUAGUUGCAAUUCAUUGUCAUAUUCUAUCAAGUUUUAUCUUAUUUUUUUCUAAGUUAACAGUUUUAUCUGGAAUGAAAAUGAAUAACAGAUAUAUUCACAUGCAUAUGGUACUGCUGUCAGAUGCAGAGCUGAGGAAGCAGAAGAUCUUGUGCAACAAGCAUAUAUCACAUAUGAAAAUAACCAUCAAUCAAACACUCUCCAGGGAGGUUUAUAAAGACAAGUAUAACAACCUGCAGUCCAUAAAGUACCAUUCUGACAGUUUAUAGUCUUCACAUCCUUUACAUGAUAUGCAGCAGCUAUCAGAGGCGUUUAAUCCCUGAAGUGUUCACAUCCUUUUUCCUUUCCUCUAGCUGAGAUAGAGCAGAAAUGGGAAAAAGAGUCUCAGCUGCCAUUGAAGGCUCCAGAGCAGACCCAGGACACCUGGAAUACCAUGUUAAUGCAUACAAAUUGUGAUAAAGAUCUGCUUUGAUAUUGUGGUUUAGACAUUCAACAUGCAAGACGCAGUCAAAGUCUCAACACAUUGAAUUUGGAGGGCAAUAAUCUGUGUGCUGGGCAUCAAGCAUCGUCUUUGAAGAGGCUAAGAAAAGCAGCUGAAUGAUGGGCCACACCAGAGAAAGACAGAAUGUGGCUUUCAUCCUUCAUAAGAAGAAAAAAAACAAACUCAUUUUCACAGAUAUUUCCAUGCAACUGUAGUAGCACUGAACAUUUAAGAAAGCAAGAAGUUUAUUCCUUAAAGCAGUGUCAUUUGAAGCAUAUGUUUGACCACUUUCACAUUUCAGCCAAAGCUGUCCUCUUAGGCAAUCUAUUUCACUUUUGCCAUCUUUCCUAUAGUUAUUUCUUUCAAAAAUGAAUACGCUUUAAAAAUAUGUACCUAUGUCAUGCAUAAAUACAGAAUGUCUCAAUUUUUCCCUGCAUGAUGAGUCAGAAGUCAAAUAAGAUUUUGUUUUCAAAGUGCCUUUUAUGCUUUUAAAGUUAUGGGAAUUCUCUUUUAUAUCUAUGAACAGUAUUAUGGAAUGUUUCCUAUAAAUAAAUAUUUCAGAAAGGAGAGGGGUGGCCAGUAAUGUUAUAUAGGGCUUUGGGACUGCAGGUUUUUUUUUGUAUUUCAGUACUCAGUAUAUUUAUCAAAGCCAUCAUUUGGGUUUUGCGGGUUUGAAUAAUAUACAGGAUAUUAUACCGGUGGUGCCCAACCUUUUUUUACAGUAAGACUUGUUAUUACAAAGAAAACACCGUGACGAAUGACCAAAUCACAAUGGUAGGCUUUUUGGGGGCUCCACCUCACAGUAUAUUUUGUAAAAUGAGGGGGGUCCAACCUCACAGUAUAUUCUGCAGGUCAAGUGGUGGGUCCCCCUUUAGUUGGCUACCACUGACAUAAAGAAGUAUCCUUUAAUAAUCGUGUGAUCCACAUGGAAACAUGUGCAAUGAACCAUAAAAUUCUGACCGACUGGUCAGACAAUACUGUAAAAAAGUCUUAGGCAGUCAAAGAAAACUUUACUUAAAUGAUGUUGAUGAAAAACUAUAUUAUUUAAGUACUUAUUUAUAUUAUUAUAUUAUCAGAUCAUAGAUAGAUAGAUAGAUAGAUAGAUAGAUAGAUAGAUAGAUAGAUAGAUAGAUAGAUAGAUAGAUAUUCAUUAAAGUCUUACCAUUUCAACCCCCUCUUGUUUCAAAACCCCUGUACUUGCAGGGACACCAUACACCAAUGUAAUUUUUGACUUGACCAGUAGAAUACUAUUUUUAGAUAAUUAAAUACCUCACUAGGUCAUUUAACUGAGAAAUUAAUUAUGUGAGCUGGUAGUGAAUUUUAAUAAAAAAUAUGGAAUGAUUGGGAUGCCCCUCGGUUUGCUUUAAGCCAUUUAUUUGAAUGCCUAAGACUUGUGUCCAGUACUGUAUAUACUUUUCAAAUUCAAGUGAUAUUAUUUGAAAUUAAUAAUUAAAAAAAAAUUUCUGGUAUGCAGAAAAGUGUUUUUUAAAUCCCUACUGCAGUAACAGGGAGUUAUUAAAAACCAGUGAGCAUUUUCAGCUUAUAUUUGGUUAUAAAUAAAUAAAACAAAGCAGAUGCCAGGGGGCCGGGAAAUAAUAAUCUUACAGUUUUGAUUGUUUGAUUGUUUUUGUCACGACUGAGAUCGCGGAAGCAGGAACAGGGAGACGAGGAAUCAAUUCUAAUACAGGACAUCAAAACACGCAACAUCAAUGACUGGACUGGGGAAACAUACUCGAACACGGACUGAAAUACACAAGACUAAUGGCAGGAAACAUAGAACAGCUGGUAAAAGUAGAGAUUCCACACGACGUUAAUGAGGGACUCGUUUAUAACGGUAUAUCGUCUAUAACGGAUGAGGUCCGCUGGUCAUGCGCCUUUAAAAGCAUGCAGAAAAAGCAUUGGAUAUAGUGGGCUUGCAUAUAACGGAAUUUUGCUUAUAAUGGAGAAACAAGUUGGUCCCCAGGGCCGCUUUUAGCUGUAGUUUUGUUCACUGUAACGGGCAUGCAGGUCAGGUAGAGUUGGCUUACUACAUGUACAAUAUAAUAAUCUAUACCAUAUGUGUGUGUGCUGGGGUGUGGCAUGAGUAAAUGCUUUCCUGUAAUUGUGUUCUGCAUUUUAGU